CCUACUUGCUGGGUGAACCACGAGUAGGUCAACACUGACACAACUCUCUCUAAAAUAUUUACAGUGCAGCUUUCACUAGAAUAUAUCCUACCUGUGAUUUGUCCCUGUAGGUCAGGGUCUUAAGCUGGAAUUUACACUGUCUUAAUGCCACUGGAAGCUCGAUAUCUUGCCUGCUUUCUGGGUUUCUCCUCCUGCAGCCUGCGUUAUUUAACAACCCACUAGCCGCCCAUUUCUUUCUCCCAUGCACUUGUCUUCCCUCUCCUCCUCUAAUAGCUUCUCCUCAGUCCUUGCCUUCCAUUUCGUCUGUAUCUCAAACUUGUAUCACCCCUACCAUCUCUGUCUCUCUUUCCCUUGCAAAACUGCCCUCCCCCAUCUCUGGCAACUGCGCCGUCAAUUGCAGGCAACAACAUUAACAAAGAUGUCGAACCGGAGGUCACGGUCUAGGCAGUCUGGCUUGUCAAGGAUCACCGAGGAGCAAAUCAGUGACCUCGUCUCUAAGUUGCAGGACCUCCUUCCCGAAGCUCGCCUUCAGAGCAAUGCUAGAGUGCCAUCUGCGAGGGUGUUGCAGGAGACAUGCAACCACAUCAGGAGUUUGCACCGGGAGGUGGACGACCUGAGCGAGAGGCUGUCGGAGUUGCUGGCUACGUCCGACAUGAGCAGCGCGCAGGCGGCGAUCAUCCGCAGCCUGCUGAUGUAGGGAGAGAUCUUGAUGAUACCCCUUGGAGCGUUCGUUCAUAGCCUAAUUAGAGUGAUCUUAAUUAGUACUUCGAGAGGCAGGCACUGUUGUCGUGUCACCGCCUGAACCAGAAGUCCAGAACUAUCCCUUUUUUGUGUACUUAGUCGAACCCAUCGUGAUUCGUGCAAAGGUUAUAUCUUUCCUAUAUGUUGUUUCGCUACUGUGCUCUUCGGUACCUGUCUGUGUUGUGGUAGAGGAAGGCGCCACCGCGUUACCUCUUUAGGCACCUACUGAAUAAGGUUCUGCCUUUUUUGGCACAAUAAGAUUCUCAGGAGUUGCCUUCUUUUUGUUGCAACAGGAGAAAGAUGCAAA